CCCCUGCUGCAGGUGGCGCUGGACCUGCCCCUCCCCGCGGUGUCGGGCCCGGGAACGCCGGACCCCUCUGGAUCCCCAACCCAGGCGGGUGCAAAGGGCGGGGCUCGGUCCCUUUUGGAUGGGAUUGAACGGGAUCACGAGGUGCCGGUGUCACCCCCACGCCUCUCCCAGGGCUGUUCCGGGACACCGGAGCAGGACACGAGCCAGGACCCCUCAGAUGCUGCAGAGUCCCCCCAGGAUCCCCCCGAGUCCCUCAGCGCCCUGUGAUCCCACAGGAAAUACGGCGUCUUUCCCAAAUUCAUUCCCCAGAAUGCAUUUCCCAGCCCCCAUCCCGUACGAAAUAAAGAUGGAAAAGGUGGCAAAACCCCAAAUCUCCAUCUGGGAUUGCGGAUGGGGUCCGGGGGGAAGCCCACCGGCGGAUUUGGGGUGGCUGAGGAGUUGGGGGGUGGGGGGAGUUAGGGAUUGUCACUCUCCGCCCCCCCCCGCUCCAACAUCCGUGACUCAGGGAAAAGGCAUCGAGCCUGUUCCACCAGCUCCCGGAAAAUGCACUGUCAUGCCAAAAAUAAAACAAGCUACCCCAAUUUCCCCCUCCCGUGACCCAGAAUUCCCCCAUUCCCACACAAAGCCCGAUUCCCAAUCUCCGGGGUGAUGGAUUGGCCCCGUAGCCAGCGAGGGGUUAACGGGGGAGGAAUCCUGGGGGUUGAUCCUCAUUCCGGCCGAACUGGAAAAGUGAGGAAUGAAAAGGGCAACGCCUUCACCUGGGCAGCGCCUUCACCUGGAGCCGCACAUGGUGCCGGCAGCUCUGAAGGACCCCAAACAUUCACCUGGAAGGAGCCGAUGCGAUGGAGGGGGAUCAGCCCCACCUGAGCUCAGACAUGACCACCCCGUACCUGAGGAAGGCUCCCACCCCCCGUGGCCAUGAGGACGCCGACACCGCCGUCAUCGCAGUGGUGAUCACCCUGGUGUUCCUCACCUUGCUGACGGUGCUGGUGGUGAUCGGGAUUUACCUGUACCGGAACCAGGGCUCCUACCGCACCUACGAGCAGCCGGAGCCGGACGCGGCCCCGAGGGAGGAGGCUCCGGCCAAGGAGAAGGAGGAAUAUUUUAUCUAAGGACGCACCCGGGAUCCGCAUAGGUCCCGAAAUUCCCUGGAGCUGGGGGUCUACAUAAAUUUUUUCAGGAGUUAGGAUGCUGCCGGAAUUCCCUGGCAUCGGGGAUCUGCCCAAAUUUUCGGGAGUUGGGGAUCCACCUAAAUAUCCCGGAGUUGAGGAAUUUCUUGGAGGUGGGAGAUCUUAAGUUGGGAAUCUGCCUGAAUUCCCUGGAGUUGGGGCUCUACCCGAAUUUCCUGGCACUGGGGUUCUGCCUAAAUUCCCUGGAUUUGAGGAUCCACCUGAAUUUGAAACCUGCCUAAAUUCCCCGACAUUGAGGUUCUGCCUAAAGAUCCUGGAGCUGGGAUCUGCCUGAGUCUCCUGGAGUUUGUGAUCUACCUAAAUUCUCUGGACCUGGGGUUCUGCCUAAAGUUGAGGAUCUACUGGCUGAUUUUGCUUGGUUUGUUGUUUUUUUUUUUUCCUUAAUUUAUGAAGCCAACCAUGGAAGGAAUAUGUGGGUGCCUGAGGGCAGGAAAAACCCCAAAUACCCCCCAAAAAUAAUAACCCCGAAAGAGGAAGUUCCCAACCCAGCAGGAAAAAGGAAAGAAGUGAGGAAACCCCCAGCUAGCAGCAGCCAAAGAGGUUCUCAGAGGCCAAACAGAAAUUUGUUACUUCAUUUAAAUUUUCAAAAUAAUCUUUAUUUUAUUUUUGGUUUUUAGUAUAAAAACUCCACAAGUUCAGUGCAGCACAGAGAGUCCGAGAGCCGAGCUGGGGAACAGUCAGGGAUGGUCACACACACAGGACAUGGAUUCAGAUUAAAAUGAAAUAUUACAAUAAAAUAGAGUUGAAUCUGA